CAGUUGGAGCGAUAUAUGAACCAUUUUAUUGGGAAACCGACCCUAGUGCAAUCAGGUUUAUUUUCUCGGCGGCUUGGUGCAGUCUUUGCCUCGGUGCGAUCACGUCUUUUAGAGUUUCGGCGGAGAAGCAGAUAAGAAUCAGAGGCGCCAUCCUGCCUUUUUUUGUUUUCUCGUACUAGUAUUCUUCCUCGACAGCGAGUUGGUGUCAAUGUUCGAGUGGUAUAAUUGUGCGCCUUGUGCCCGUUCUGAGUUUUGAGGAGUUUUUCCCCACGUUGUUCCGUCAAUUGGCUCGGCAUACAGAGUAUACAAAAAUAAUUCAACCAGCUGCGGGAACUGGACAAGAUGGCAGUCAACGAACUUGAAAGCGGAGGCGCUCUGCGAACAGUGAAAGAUCUCACUGCCGGCGCUGCUGGCGGUAUUGCGCAGGUUCUCCUUGGUCAACCAUUUGACAUUAUCAAGGUCCGACUCCAAACCACCACAAAUUACUCAAACGCCUUCGAUUGUGCCACAAAAAUUUUGAAGAACGAAGGUCCGUUGGCGUUUUACAAGGGAACUUUAACACCAUUGGUCGGAAUUGGUGCCUGUGUCAGUGUCCAAUUCGGAGCUUUCCAUGAAGCACGGCGACAAUUCGAAGAAUUGAACGCCAAAAAGGACCCCCUUAACACAUCUCUAUCUUACCCACAAUACUAUCUUGCUGGAGCUUUCGCUGGCAUUACCAAUUCUGUCAUAUCCGGGCCCAUCGAGCAUGUCCGCAUUCGGCUACAAACGCAACCACAUGGCGCCCAGCGGCUAUAUAACGGGCCUAUCGACUGCAUCCGCAAACUGUCAGCUCAUGAAGGCGUUCUUAAGGGUAUCUAUAGAGGAGGUCUCGUCACCGUAUUCCGAGAAGCCCAAGCCUACGGCGUUUGGUUCCUCACUUUCGAAUAUCUCAUGAACUGGGACGCAAAGCGCAACAACAUUAAGCGAGAAGAGAUCUCAGCCGUCAAAGUGGCAACCUACGGAGGUCUUGCAGGUGAAGCUCUCUGGCUAGCAAGUUAUCCUCUCGAUGUCAUCAAGAGUAAGAUGCAGAGCGAUGGAUUCGGAGCCCAACAGAAAUAUGCGGGGAUGACCGAUUGUUUCAAGAAAACUUUUGUGACUGAGGGAUUGGGCGGGUUCUGGAAGGGAAUCGGACCAACGUUGCUCAGAGCAAUGCCAGUUUCUGCGGGAACAUUCGCAGUCGUUGAACUUGCAAUGAGAGCUCUUGGAUAAAAAAAAAUUUUUUUCUGCCAGUCGUAUUUCAUUUUAGAUGACCAGCUUGCGGCCACAAAUCGACCAUACACCGUGAUUCAAUAUUUCCUAAAUAUAGACUUUGUCUUUUUUGGAUUUUGCCCGCCACCUCCUACCGAUAUAUUAUUGCAUUGCACUGCAUCGUCCACUUCAGUCGAUACAUACACACGGCGUUUUUGCCAUUUGCGUGUGACAUCCAAGACAUUUGGUUAUUUUUUGCCCUUAUCAGACAUGUCUACCGUUCAUACAAUGUUGUGCCAAGUUAGUGCUGCAUCUGAAGUUAUCUACCAAACAUAUGAAAUGUUGUACAGGGAAUUAUGAGGAGGGAAACUUGAGAGUCGUGUGAAACUACACGCUGGCGAUACCAAAUCUUAGGAGGAUGAUAGAGUUUGUGAGUUUGGCAAGCAUCUGUUCGAUCUAAGACAUUGUAUGUAUUACGGGGAUUUGUGAAUUAAAAUUUAGGAGAUCAUUCGAAGUUCAGAGCAAUUUUUCUCAUACUAAAUUUUUGAUCCAGACAUUGCAGUACCAUGCUUCUCAAAGCGGAAAUCCCUGCCCGCCCCGGAAAAUGAUGUUUAAGGAACAUGAAGGACACAAGCACACCAAACUUCUCCAUGUCGCCCAAAGGGUGUUCAUCACUCGUCUUUCUUCCCACCUCGCUCUGCUGCUUCAGCCGUUGUUUCCUCAUCAUAAUAAGCAACUUCGUAAAGAUGCCCAUCCGGAUCUUCCAUGCUCCUGGUGUAGAGUCCGCCAGCACAACUCUCCGGUAUCAUAAUUGGACCUGGCGUCCCACCUGCUUCCAGCCCCUUCUUAAUUAGCGCAUCUACUUCCUCUCUGGAGUUAACCAUGAGGGUCACAAUGGUCUCGUGCGAAGUCUUGGUGCAGGCGAUCUCGCGACCGGAUGGGAGGAAUUUGCCAAAGACGGAAUGGGUGCCGUAGAAGAUGCUGAAGGAAUCACCAUGUUUGAGGUGCAGGGGUUGUCUUAGCGUCAUAACAUGCGUUCACUUCGAAGCCGAGAGCUGUUCCGAAGCGCUCUGCGGCGGCAAUAUCUGUAGUGGCGAGACUGACAGUGAAGGAUAUGUUUGGAGGGGCCAUUGUCGAUGUGCA